UUCUGCGUCUAUUUCGCUAGAGCGGAAAUCUGUAAGGUCAAGGCGUUAGAGGCAAGAGGCAUGUGCUAUCAUUUGUUUGGUGGACGUCACAAUCUGGGCACUAUGCUCCACAUCUACUCGGGCGGGGGCUUAUCAGUCGCGAGUUGCCUCCAGCUUCGAUUUCGAGACGUAGUACGCGCGCGUUACGUCUAGCGUUCGGGUGAGCAAAAUGCGCUGGCAAUGGCAGCUGCCAAUGCUGCUUAUGGCCAUGCGCCUGGUACAUGGCCAACAGGCGACAGCAGAAGCAACCACGGAGGAGCAGGACGAGGCAGCCAAAUUUUUUACCCGAUUGUACAAGCGAAAUCUGCAGCAGUUGGUGGCACUGAGAAAUGAGAGCAUUGAGCCCUGUGACGAUUUCUAUGCACACGCAUGCGGAAACUUUGGAGCGCUGGGCCAGGCGCCGGAUCCAGAUGAUGCACUGCCUCCAUUUCUGUAUAACCUGCAGGAUCGCAUGCAAUUCUUUCAGGUGCAGCAUGAAAACUUUCAAACGUUGCCGGGCAAAUUGCUGGCCCAAUUGUACGGCGAGUGCAGGAUGCGAGGGCAGCAGCACGCGCACCUGGAGCACAUGCUAGAGCAGGUGCCAUUCCUAGCUGCCCACCAGGUGGUGCUCGCGGGCUGGCCAUUUCUGCGUCAUCAAUGGCAGCGCCAGCAGCUGGAUGGGCAGCUCAAUUGGAUACAGCUGGCUGCGCAGCUGGCGGCGCAUGGUCUGCCCACAUUGCUGCACAUCUACUUUGCCGAGCAGACCAUCUAUGUGGCGCCCAUACAAGAGCUGCCGUGUCCCAGUCAGCGGGAGUUCAAGGCGAGCAUGUCAGACGUUCUGACGGGUCGUCAUGCCCAGGUGGCGCACAUUGUGGCGCAUGAGAUGCGCAUGCUGUGCCGUGGCAUGCGCGGUGAGCUGCCUUUGGCCAAUAGCCUGACCGAGGGCCAGAGAGAACGGCAGAGCACACCGGCACCUGGGCAGGAGCAGCUGGAGCUGGACGACAAUACCAUGGAUUAUAUGCAAAGCUUCUUUAGCCUGCUCAACUUUACGGAACAGGAACUGGCAACGGCACGCAAGCUGCCCGUGAAUGUGGCACGCAUCACACGGGCGUGGAGCGUGCUGCGUCAGACUGAGCCGCGCAUUGUCUACAACUAUGUGCUGUGGCAGGCGCAGCAGCGUUUGGUCUACGAGGAUUGCUUUGAGCUGGCCACGGAGUUUGAGCGUCUGCUGCAUGCCGAGUAUUGGCAAUGGCAUGUGCUGGCUCCACAGCUGACACGGGAUGUGGCAUUGGCCAUGUACCAGUUGCACACCACGCGCUUCCAGCAGCGCCGACGCUCCACGCUGGGCAGUCGGGACUGGUAUGGCCAUCUGUUGCCGGCGUCUGUGGAGCGCCGUGAAUUGCAGGUGGCACGCCUGCUGCAGGCGCAUGCCCAGCACUAUCUCAACAUCACUGAGCUAACCUCGAGGUAUGGCCAGGUGCACUUCAAGCCGUAUUACUUUUACGGCAACUUGCUGCAGCUGCGACGCGCUCAACUGCGGCACAGCUUCCAGUCACCGUAUGUGGAUGCGGAAGAUGUGCAGCAAUCCGCCUACUUCCUGCGCCACUUUCUACACUUUGUGCUGCUCUCGCUGCACCGGCCCAUGUAUCAUUACUAUGCCACGCAGGGCCUGGAGCUUUGGCGCGAGUCGCGCCUGCUGCAAGAUACCGACGGCUAUUAUACGGCACUCGACUGCCUGGAGCGACAGACGCAGCAGCGCUACGAUGUGCAGCAGGCGGCCAUCUAUCGUCCGUUGAGCACGCAUGAGGUGGCAAAUGUCUUUCAUUUCCAUCGCUCGUUUCAGGCAGCUCUGCGGGACUAUCGCUUCUGGCUGCAGGGCGAGCGAUUCGUGUUUGCCGAACAGUUUGUGCUGCAAUACUUCGGCCUCGACGAGCAUCGCAUACUCUUCUAUGCGGUUGCGCAGCAGUUGUGCAAUCGCCACGAUGAGAUCUUUGCGGCGCAGCUCAAUCGGGGCUAUAUGAAUAUGCCAGAGUUUCAGGCCGCCUUCAAAUGUGAGCCGGAGGCACAAAUGAAUCCUCCUGCAAAGUGUAUGAUAAACAGAUGUGAAUAG